CAGUUCAUGUCUGGAAACUAACGGGGUUUGCAUUGCAGAGGGCUGCUCCUUCGUCACAGCCGAAGGGGAAAUGUUUAGUUUCGUAGCUUCUAAGUGCCCCUGCAUUUGGAUUUGCCAUACUCUCAUUUGUAACUCGAUGUAAAUGUCAAAUAAAAAAAAAAAGUGGCCUUACUUUCCCACACACAGUAUUUUUCUGGUUUUAAUAUUAAGCGACGCAUAAAACAACGGCAGUGAGAGCUAAUCCGCAGUUGGCAGGUGUCUUUGCAGGCUAUGUUUAUUAUUGAUUAAGAUGCCUGCUGUCCAGAAAACAGUGUCCGACCUCCGCUCCAGGGUUGAAGGUUAUGAGAAGACCGAGGAUGCUUCAGAGAAAACAUCAUUAGCAGAUCAAGAAGAUGGGAGGUUAAUAUUUAUUAACCAACCGCAGUUUACUAAAUUCUGCGGCAACCAUGUCAGCACUGCCAAGUACAACGUUCUUACAUUCCUCCCAAGGUUCCUUUAUUCCCAGUUCAGAAGGGCAGCAAAUUCGUUUUUCCUUUUCAUUGCACUUCUCCAGCAAAUUCCUGAUGUUUCACCGACUGGUCGUUACACUACCCUGGUUCCAUUGUUGUUUAUCCUUAUUGUAGCAGCAGUGAAGGAGUUCAUAGAAGACCUUAAGCGGCAUAAUGCUGACAGUGUUGUGAACAAGAAAGAAACACAAGUGUUAAGAAAUGGUGCUUGGGAGAUCGUCUUUUGGGAAAAGGUGGCAGUGGGGGAGAUAGUCAAAGCAACCAAUGGGGACCAUCUCCCAGCAGAUCUCGUCCUUCUUUCAUCAAGUGAGCCCCAGGCUAUGUGCUACAUUGAAACAUCAAACCUAGAUGGAGAAACCAACCUUAAGAUCAGACAGGGCUUGCAGAUAACAUCAGAAAUAAGAGAUCUUGACAGUUUAAUGAGACUUUCUGGCCGCAUGGAAUGUGAAAGCCCCAAUCGUCAUCUAUAUGAUUUUGUGGGCAACAUAAGAAUUGAUGGUCACAGCACUGUUCCACUGGGUCCAGAUCAGAUUCUGUUAAGAGGCGCUCAGCUGAGAAAUACCCAGUGGAUUCAUGGAAUAGUUGUCUACACGGGUCACGAUACGAAACUGAUGCAGAACUCUACAAGACCACCCCUAAAGCUAUCAAAUGUGGAAAGAAUCACAAACAUUCAAAUUCUUAUUUUGUUUGGUUGUCUGCUCGCCAUCUCCCUGGUCUGUGCAAUUGGUCAAACUAUAUGGAAAGGGAAGCACGGCGAUGGAGCUUGGUACAUGGAUUUAAACUAUGGUGGUGCAGCCAAUUUUGGAUUGAAUUUCCUGACCUUUAUCAUUCUCUUCAAUAAUCUCAUCCCUAUCAGCCUGUUGGUUACCCUAGAAGUCAUUAAAUUUAUCCAAGCAUUCUUCAUAAAUUGGGAUGUUGAUAUGCAUUAUGAGGUGACGAAUACUCCUGCAAUGGCGCGCACUUCCAACCUCAAUGAAGAGCUUGGACAGGUGAAAUAUAUAUUUUCAGACAAAACUGGAACCUUGACCUGCAACGUGAUGCACUUUAAGAAGUGCACGAUAGCGGGAAUUGCAUAUGGGCAUGGCGCAAAUUCAUCUAAUGAAAAAGGAUUUAUUGAUCCAAGUUUGCUGGAAAAUCUCCAAAACAACCACCCUACAGCAUCAAUAAUCUUGGAGUUCAUGACAAUGAUGGCAGUCUGUCAUACAGCAGUCCCGGAGAGAACAGAUGACAAGACUGUUUACCAGGCUGCAUCUCCAGAUGAAGGUGCUUUAGUAAGAGCAGCUAAGAACCUGGGCUUUGUGUUCUCUGGUCGGACACCUGACGCUGUGAUAAUAGAAGCUCUUGGACAAGAAGAGAGAUAUGAACUGUUGAAUGUUUUGGAAUUCACAAGCACUAGAAAAAGGAUGUCUGUAAUCAUCCGUACACCAGCAGGGAGAAUACGAUUGUACUGCAAAGGAGCUGAUACAGUGAUUUACGAUCGUCUUGCAGACGGGUCCAGAUAUAAGGAAAUUACUUUAAAGCAUUUGGAACAGUUUGCUACAGAAGGAUUAAGAACCUUGUGCUAUGCUGUUUGUGACAUAUCUGAAGCUGCUUACCAGGAAUGGUUACAACUGUAUCACCGAGCAUCUACUGCUCUGCAGAACAGGGUGCUGAAACUAGAAGAGAGCUACGAGCUGAUCGAGAAGAAUCUACAGUUGCUUGGAGCCACAGCCAUUGAAGAUAAGCUGCAGGACAAAGUGCCUGAAACCAUAGAAACUCUGAUGAAAGCAGACAUUAAGAUCUGGAUUCUAACCGGGGACAAGCAGGAAACUGCAGUAAACAUAGGACACUCUUGCAAACUUUUGACGAAAAACAUGGGUUUGAUUGUGAUAAACGAAGGCACACUUGAUGGAUCAAGGGAAACCCUGAGCCGCCACUGUGCUGCACUGGGCGAUGCUUUGCAUAAGGAGAAUGACUAUGCUCUCAUCAUAGACGGUAAAUCGCUGAAAUAUGCCUUGACAUUUGGAAUAAGACAGUACUUCCUGGAUCUUGCACUGUCUUGCAAAGCUGUGAUCUGCUGCAGAGUGUCCCCCCUUCAGAAAUCUGAAGUAGUUGAGAUGGUGAAGAAGCAAGUAAAGGUGAUCACACUGGCCAUCGGUGAUGGAGCCAAUGACGUGGGCAUGAUCCAGACUGCACAUGUUGGUGUUGGCAUUAGUGGAAACGAGGGACUACAGGCUGCUAAUUCUUCUGACUACUCCAUAGCUCAGUUUAAGUAUUUGAAGAACUUGCUGCUUGUUCAUGGAGCAUGGAAUUAUAACAGAGUGGCAAAGUGCAUCCUCUACUGUUUCUAUAAGAAUAUAGUCCUGUACAUUAUUGAGAUUUGGUUUGCCUUUGUGAAUGGUUUCUCUGGUCAGAUUCUGUUUGAGCGUUGGUGCAUUGGUCUGUACAAUGUGAUAUUUACUGCCCUGCCUCCUCUUACUCUGGGAAUAUUUGAGAGAUCUUGCCGCAAGGAAAAUAUGCUGAAAUACCCAGAGCUGUAUAAAAACACACAGAAUGCAAUGGGCUUUAACACCAAGGUUUUCUGGGCGCAUUGUCUGAAUGGCCUCUUCCACUCAGUUAUUCUGUUUUGGUUUCCACUGAAAGCCUUUCAGCAUGAUACAGUGUUUGCAAAUGGAAAAACUCCAGACUAUCUGCUCUUAGGAAACAUGGUUUAUACUUUUGUGGUAAUCACAGUAUGCUUGAAGGCUGGAUUAGAAACUUCAUCUUGGACUAUGUUCAGUCACAUCGCGAUCUGGGGAAGCAUAGCAAUCUGGGUGGUGUUUUUUGGAAUCUACUCUUCACUGUGGCCUGUAAUUUCGUUGGCACCUGACAUGUCUGGAGAGGCUGACAUGAUGUUUAGUUCAGGCGUGUUUUGGAUGGGUCUUCUCAUUAUCCCUGUGGCAUCCCUGCUGUUUGAUGUGACAUACAAAGUAGUGCAGAAAAGCUGUUUUAAGACUUUGGUGGAUGAAGUGCAGGAGGUGGAAGGAAAGUCUCAGGAUCCAGGAGCAGUUGUACAUGGAAAAGGCCUCACUGAACGAGCCCAGCUUCUAAAGAAUGUCUUUAAGAAGAGCAGUGUCAGCUUGUACCGUUCCGAGUCCAUGCAGCAAAAUCUGCUCCAUGGAUAUGCUUUCUCUCAAGAUGAGAAUGGAAUCGUCUCGCAAUCAGAAGUUAUACGAGCCUAUGACACCACUAAACAAAGACCAGACGAAUGGUGAAAUAUUGUUGCAGGAGCAUUGGUUGAAAACAACUUCCACUAGUUCAGCCAGACCAGACUGUGUGUUUGAAAGCUGUGGAAGGUCAUAGGAAGACUUUUCUAGCCUAUAAAGGUCAAUGAACAGAUUGUAUGCUUAAAAAAAAGAGAGAGAAAAAAAGUGUUCACUGCUAUAGUUGUAUUUUGAGCAGACAUAAGCAAUGUGCAAAUGUAUUUUAAAUAAUUCUGUCACACAGUAUUAACUCUGAUUCCAUAAACAGGGCUUGCAAGUUGCAAUUGUGUAAUUGGCUCUCAAGUAUUUAAAGACCAUGUUGACCUCAUUUUAUGAAACAUAAAUAACUGGGUAUAAACUACCCACUGCUACUCCAGGAGUGUAUAGCAACUUUAACUAAAAAGUAUGAUCUUAAAAGUAUUAAAACAUAAUAAUAAAUGGAAUUAACAAAUCAGAAUGGCCAUACUAUUAGAAUUUCAAAUGUUAUCCCUGAAAUCUAAUUUGCCAAAGAAACUCUCAUUGCAUAACAAUAACAUUUAUUAACAGCAUUUUAGGCAGUUACUAUGAAUGUGGUUCUAGAAUAAGAAACAAUGCAAAAUGUAGGUCCUGUUUUGAAGACCUCAUGCUAAACACUCCAUAGAAUGGGAUGUGUACAUUGAAUGAGCCUGUCCUGGCUGCUGUUUUGGCUCCUGCUUUUAAAUCUGUGACUUGGCAGUAUUUAACUAUGGCCUUAUAUGUGCACUUUUCCUUGCCUUUGUUCUAAAUUGUUUUUAAAUUUAGAUUUUUUUUUUUUUUCUUUUUUAAUUAGAUGACAUAAGGUGUUGAUGUGGCUAGCUAAAGCUGUCGUUGUCUAUGUGGUUGCUAACUGGAAUCUAAAAAUGUUAAAAUUCCUACCAUAUUCACUUUAUUGUUUGUAACGAUUUAUUGCAUUCCAUUGGUUUUUUCUGGCCUCCAGUGUUUUUUCACAGUGGUGCCUAAUCUAACUAAUGUUUGGUAUAACCAACAGUAUUUAACACAUACAUCAUUAAUUAAAGGCUGGUCAAGGUGUUUCAGUAUGACCUGUUUUAAUCAUUAAGUGUCAAAAGAUGUCAACAAAUGCUUGCUGAAAGUUUGGGAAAUUUUUACAAUUUUAACUACAAUACAGUUGACAUUUAGGGAUUGUUUUUUUUUUUUUGAGACACAGCCAUAAGCACUUCAUUUAAAUUGAAUAGCAUAACAUUUUAUUAAUGAGCGUAUAAACAAUUUUUCAAAACGGAGUCCCUUGAAGCAUAAGAGCCAAUAAAAAAUUUGACUUCAGCAAAAUGUUAUCAUUGGUUUUUAGUAUAUUUUUUACUAAACUAAAUUUGAAUAGAUCAGAUUUAAAAAAUAAAAAAUAAAAAAACUGCACACCCUGUAAUUUUACAUUGGCCUGAUUUUGUCACGUCUACUCAAAUGGUGAAAAUGUAAACUUGUUUUAUUUUUUGACAGUUUUGUCUGAGUUUGUACUUCUCUCCCUUGUGGGUGUGAUUUCUUUUUUUUUUUUUUUUGGUCUGUCUGCAUGAGUUAAAUUGUUCUGAAUGUGUUUUGUUCUAAUGCAUGGGGCACUGUUGCUAAUCUUACAAUGCGUCUACAAUGUAAAGUUACACUCACCAAAACAAAAUAUGGUUCCGAAAAUAAAUGAUGAAAAUGGUUAUCCCUCUGUUCAGUGUUGCAUGCAUUCUUUACCUUUUGAAACCAAACAUUUGCUGUUACAAGUUUAGUUUGGCAAUACAGUGUAUGUAUUAGUGUUGCUGAUAAGCAGUCUUUAUAAAUAGUCAACAGCAUGCUGCAGCUCUCUUUUGACAUUGUCUACAUUAAUAUGUGGAAGUAAAAUAGUGAAUUUAGAUGUUUGUUUGAGGAGUCUGGUGUUUUUACAUGUUCCUUUUUUAAUAGAAAACAAAGGUAAAGCAUGAACUCAACACUGGAGAAGUUUUUUAAGAAGACAGAUUGUUGCUGUUAAAUGUAUGUGAAAGUCUGUGGUUGCACGAAUAGAGUUUCAGAUUCAGUAUUUAUGAUACCCCAUAACCACUAGGUGUGGUAAAUUCUAAACAAAACGCACAUUAUUCUUUUUAUUUAUUUUUUUCUAAUAGGUUGCACAUUUUGAGUAAUGGUCUAUAUAUUUUUUUUUUUUUUCUGUGAAUCUGCACGUAGCAACUGAAACUUUUAAAUGUCCUGUCUUUAACUGUGUAAAAACAAAUACUGAAAUAAACUUU